UGUGACGGUUAAAAAUCAAUAUAGUUGUAAAUCCCUAUAAGAAUGGACCAAGUUUCCAGAUUAGUGAUUUUAGUUGUUGCGGUGGCUUUUGCUACAGCUGACGUCAUCACUUUCAAAGAUUGUGGUUCUGUUACUGGAACAGUAAACCAAGUAGACAUGACACCGUGUCCGUCAGAACCAUGUCAACUGAAGAAGGGAGAUAAUGCUACAAUGAAAGUAGAAUUCACGCCUAAGGUAAAUUCUACAAAAUACUCAUCUGUACUCCAUGGAAUUAUCGGUGGGAUUCCUGUGCCAUUUCCUCUUCCAAAUGGAAUCACUUCCGGUCCAAUAAUUUCAAACAAUAAAAUCGUCUAUUCAAACUUCCUAAUGGUUCUUCCAUCGUAUCCUAAGGUCUCGCUGGUCGCCAAACUGGAAAUCCAAGAUGACAAUGGCAAAGAUCUUGUGUGUUUUGUGUGGCCAAUCCAGAUUGUGGAUUAGAAUUCUGGAUCAUCCAGUAAACACCAGCAAUUCGACCAUUCAGAGGGUCAAAGUUCGAGAUAACGGACACUUUCUAUUCCCGCAUUGUAAAUAUAUCAUAAAUAAUUUAUUUUCAUCCCAUCAUUAUACGUUUUUUGUGCUUAAAAAUA